GUGACUGUAGAGGAAAGAACAAAUGCCAUGGUGUUGAGCCAUGGGUAAUUUUGCCCGAACUUUGAAGAUAAUAAAGGUAUAAUGUUUCUUUUUACCUUCAUUUAUCAAAGAAUUUUUCUGCAGUUCAUUGGAAGAAUGUUCUUUUUUGGUAUCUCUAAUAUUGUGGGACUGUAGAUGAACAUAACAGUGGUAUACCAACACAGAAUCCUGUUUCUAUAUGCUCUAUCGUCAACACAAAUUGAGCAUGGAGUAUGGCAUCCCAUGUGAAGAACUCCAUCCGCAAGAGCUGAAGACCGACCACCAACGUGCAGAAUAGAUAAGUGAUCCAUCUAUUUUUCCUGUGUUCUUUCCGUUUUGUUAACGCAGUUGUUGCUAUGACAUUUCCAGACUUUGGACUUUCAGAGAACACAUUUGUUCAAACGAUGCAAAGUAAAUAGUCUGCUUAUAUGACCAGCUUGCCAAAGUUUGGCUAUUCAAUCAUCUUUAUUCUGCCUUGAAAAACCGGAUCAAUGUUCUUCCAGAUAGACAAAGAUGCUUUAGAAUCAAUGUCGCCUUUUUCCUCAUCCUUUUCCCAUUCUACCUAUACCCGAUCUGAUGCCAUGGACCCGUUUCUCCUCCUUUUUCAGUGUUCUCAUGUUCUUAUACUAUUCUAUCACAGCAAGUCCUAUAAAGUCCCCUCAAUCUUCCCUACGAUCACUGUUACCAAACAAACUCCCAGGAUGAAGCUUAAUCUUCUCCUGUGCUUUCUCCUCUUAUUCCUCAGAGCCAACUGGGGUGUACCUACUACUACCAGCCAUGGUGCAAAAGACCAACCACUUCAAGGCCUGAAUGUGACCGUCGAGCCGAGGAGUGGUGGCAAUUCCGGAGGGGAGAAGAUGGAGUUUGAUGGUGUGAAACGGGUGGAGUACUCGAGGAAGAGCAGCUCCGGAGGCAAAGGAGGAGGGAGGACGGGUGGCGGCGGCUCGCAGUCGCUUCAUCAACCUCGUCCACAGAAGAGCAGUUCGCCGACGAUGCAACAGCCAUUUGGCUUCUUCUCUCUCCUGCUUUACCUGUACCUUGCUUGAACUCAAGCACUUGCCUUGGAUCUUCAAGCAAUCUACUAAGUGGUGUCUUUUAAAGGUUGACAUGCAUUUAUAUCACUUGUAACUCUUGGAACGAAUAUGCUGAGAAUAAAUCAAAUCUUCCCUUCUCAUAAUAACAGAGGGUGAGAUGAAGAGGGAGGAAUGAGCUGGAAAUGCAAUCCAUUUGUCCCACAUACUUUUAUAAAGAUUAGAAUCUGAUACCAUAUAUAUUAUGAACUUAACUAGUUUUGCUUAGUUGGUAUAAAUUUUUUUGCUUAAUAGAACCCCACUGCUCU